AUGGCUCUUGCUCGCCGGAAUCUAUUCGCAGGUCAAACAGGAGGAGCAUUCAAAGCACAAGCACUAGCUGAUGUUACUCGAUCACUAGUAACAACAAAAAAUAAUGAAAAGCCGUCAAACAAUUUCUCAAAUGAACCACCACCAAAUCUACGUGCAAAACUUGGCAACGUACCAAGACAAGCACCAGUAGUACCUCCGAAGCCUUCUAAUCAGCCUCAAAGCAGUGCAAGCAGACAAUUGCCAAUCAGCGUACCACCUACUACUUCAUCUCAAAUAUUCUCCAGCACUUCUUCGCUCAAAGAUAAAUCCCAUAUCACAAAUGAGAAACUGAAAUUCCCCGAUAAAACUCCAAAAUCUGUUUCAACAGCUACGAACCUAGAAUCGAACAUUUCAAAUCCAAGUCUAGUAUCUUCUCCACGUGUGCAACCUUCACAGCCAGCAGGACUUUUUUCUGCACCAAAAACAGUACCAAGUGACGACGUUCAAAAUUUGUCUCUUGCAGACAAAUUGGCUAAUACGUAUCAACAAGUGACAUCACAGAUCGAAGAUGUUAGUGCGGCUGUCACUCGUGACCCUGUUAUACGUCGAGACGUUUCUACAAUGUUCAGCGAAUUCAAUAUUAUCUUAUGUGGUUCACCACGAGUUGGAAAGAGUACUCUGAUCAAUGCCAUAUGUCAACAGCCGCUGGCUAAAACAAGCGCAGGACUUGAUGCCUGUACGAAAAUGAUCUCUCGUUACGUUCUUACAGGUAGUCGCGAAAUUGACUCUGAAAUAAUCAACUAUCGGUACAACUUUUGGGAUACUCCAGGAUUCGAAAGUUGGACUGAAAAAGAUAUUCGCACAAAUUUAGAGGCAAUUCUAAAAAAACCAAAAUCAGAUAUACUGUGCAUGAUUUAUUGUGCGUCGCCGGGUAGCCACGCAAACCUUCAACAGCUAAAAUGGCUACUAGAUGAAUGCAUGAAGAAACAAAUAUUUUGUGCUCUUGUGUGUACGAAUAAAUGGGGUGGACACAAAACACAACGAGAUGCUGUCAUGCACGAUUUUCAAGGGUUACUGGCGAACUACCACGUCAAAACUCGAGAAGAAAAUGGUGUCAUCUUCUUCGGUAAUAUGGGAUUGUGUACAACGGUGAAUAGCCAGAGGUAUGAGGAUGAAGAUGCAGGCAAAACGUUUGAGCAGUCCGGUGUUGAUGAACUCAUUUUUGGUAUUAUGGAAUCUCUCGACGACGAAAAAGUUUUACAGUGGUGUAUGGUAGUGUUCGAGAACAAACCAUUUUGGAAGAAUGCGUUUAAUUUGCCGGGAAAAUUGAAAGCAUUCUGGAAUAAAAUGGUCAACCGAGCGAGAAUGACGGGCACAACAUCGAGAAAAAGUCGAAAUAAUAAAGAUUGA